AUGUCUGGGCAAGAAGAGCAGCUCACAGAGUUGCUUCUAACGCUCAAGAAAACAACUCCAGAGCAAGCACGCGCUAUCCUCGCAUCCACGCCACAAAUCGCGUAUGCCCUCAUCGGUCUGAUGGUGAAAAUGAAUGCUGUAGAUGUCCAAGUCCUGCAGAAAACACUGACGGCCUAUUCGGCAUCGAUCCAGCAACAGCAACAACAGAACGCAGGUCCGUCGACGGCGCCUGCCAUCCAGCCUGCUUCUGCAAUCCCACCCCACCUCCAGCAGUACCGUACACCAACGCCACAGUCACAAACGCCGCCGCACGUGCCAUCACAUACACCCACCCCUCCUCAUUAUCCCAAUGGUCAUGGGCAGGCUCCACAGCAAAAUUUCGGUUAUGGGGCGCCCUCCCAAUAUGGUGUACAAGGAGGAUAUAGCGCGCCGCAACAAACUCCCAUAGGUGGUGGCAUGAUUCCAGAUGCCCUGGCAUCGAUUCCCGAGGAACAGAAGGCCAUGAUAAUGCGCGUCAUAGCUAUGACAUCAGACCAAAUCAACAUGCUGCCACCGACAGAACGCGCGAGUAUUAUUCAGCUGGUAAAAAUAUUUCUUCGAUCUCGUUUGAGCCUAUUGUGCUGA